AUGGCGAGCCGACAGGCAACGAACCAGUACCUGAGCGAGAAGCCGAAUACGCGCCGCUCAGGAAAGUCGCCCUCGCGAUCACCAGCACGCUCUCCGGCACGUUCGCCCGCAAGGUCGCCAGCGUCAAAUGGACGCAAGCAACAGCAGAAAGUGCAGCCCAAGAGCUACGCAUCCGAAGGGGUGAAAGACUAUGACAUCUUAAACCUCCCGGGCUCAGAUUGGCAGUUGCUGGGUCUCCUAGUUGUCGUAGCAGCUGUGGUGCGAUUGUUCAGGAUAGCUCAGCCCAGUAGUGUCGUCUUCGACGAAGUCCACUUCGGUGGAUUUGCGACCAAGUACAUCAAGGGCAAGUUCUUCAUGGACGUGCAUCCCCCACUCGCAAAGCUCCUGAUCACCCUGACGGGAUGGUUGGGUGGAUUUGAUGGCAGUUUCGACUUCAAGGACAUUGGCAUGGACUACUUGGAGCCCGGUGUCCCGUACGUCGCCAUGCGUCUUCUUCCCGCUAUCUGUGGUGUCCUUACCAUUCCUACCAUGUUCUUGACGCUCAAGGCUGCUGGUUGCCGUACAACAACUGCAGCCUUGGGCGCGGGUCUCGUCAUUUUUGACAACGCGCUUGUUACCCAGUCCCGACUGAUCCUCCUCGACUCUCCUCUCAUAAUCUUCACGGCGAUCACCGCGCUCGCCUGGACAAGCUUCACGAACCAACACGAACAGGGCCCCUCCAAGGCAUUCCAGCCGUCCUGGUGGUUUUGGCUGGCAGCCACUGGUGUUGGACUUGGUGCAACAGUCAGUGUUAAAUGGGUCGGUCUGUUCACGAUUGCCUGGGUUGGCAGCUUGACGUUGGUGCAACUCUGGGUCUUGCUUGGAGACACCAGGAACGUUACCCCUCGCAUCUGGUUCAAGCACUUCUUCGCGCGCUUGUUUUGCCUCGUUGUCAUUCCAGUCACUUUCUACAUGGCCAUGUUCGCGAUCCACUUCGUUUGUCUCGUUAACCCUGGCGACGGCGAUGGCUUCAUGUCUUCCGAGUUCCAGGCCACACUCAACUCCAAGGGCAUGCAGGAUGUCCCAGCCGAUGUCGCUUUUGGCAGCCGCGUUUCCCUUCGCCACUGGAACACCCAAGGUGGUUACCUCCACUCUCACAGCCACAUGUAUCCCGGAGGCAGCAAGCAGCAGCAGAUCACCCUUUACCCGCACAAGGACGAGAACAACAUUUGGAUCAUGGAGAACCAGACCCUGCCGAUCAUGCCGGAAGACUACAAUGGCCCUAACCUGACUAGCCCCAAGGCCUGGGACGACAUGGGUCCUCUCUUCAUCGAGGAUGGUGCCGUCGUCAAGCUCUACCACAUCACCACUGACCGCCGUCUUCAUUCUCACGAUGUCCGCGCUCCUGUCACAGAAGCCGAUUGGCAGAAUGAGGUGUCCGCCUACGGUUACGAUGGCUUCGAAGGUGACGCCAAUGACAUGUUCAAAAUUGAAAUUGUCAAAUCCCACUCCGAUGGCGCAGAGGCCAAGAAGCGUGUCCGCACCAUUCAGACUAAGUUCAGGCUUGUACAUAUCAUGACUGGCUGUGUCUUAUUUUCGCACAAAGUCAAGUUGCCCGACUGGGGUUUCGAGCAACAAGAAGUCACGUGCGCGCGUGGCGGCACACUCCCGAACAGUAUUUGGUACAUCGAAGGCAACAUCCAUCCAAAGAUGGACGCAUCCGCUGAAAAGGUCAACUACCGUAACCCAGGCUUCUUUGGCAAGUUCUGGGAGUUGCAAAAGGUUAUGUGGAAGACAAACGCUGGACUUACAGAAUCUCACGCCUGGGACUCCCGCCCACCCUCCUGGCCUAUUCUUGGUCGCGGAAUCAAUUUCUGGGGCAAACACAACCGACAGAUCUAUUUACUGGGCAAUCCAACGCUCAUUGGCCUCUUUAUCGCCAUCAAAGGUCUCGCAAUUAUCAGAUGGCAGCGUGGGUUCCGCGACUAUGAUAAUGUCACCUUCAAGCGUUUCGAUUACGAAGUCGGCAUGAGUAUUCUUGGUUGGGCAUUCCACUACUUCCCAUUCUACCUGAUGGCGAGGCAACUGUUCCUCCAUCACUACUUACCAGCGCUCUAUUUUGCCAUUCUCGCACUAUGCCAGAUGUACGAUUUUGCAAGCUAUCGAUUCAACGGCCUGGGCCUGAAGAAGUACCCUGCCAUCGGUCAGGCUGUUGCCGUCGGUUUCCUCGCUCUUUCCAUCACAGUAUUCACCCUCUAUGCACCUCUCGCAUACGGAAACGCAUGGACCAAGAGCCAGUGCAAUACUGUCAAGCUGUUCAGCACCUGGGACUGGGAUUGCAACAACUUUCUAGACUCGUACGAAGCAUACAGUGCAAUCAACACCGAUGUCGCCGCCGUUGCUACACCAUCAUCUGUAGCUCCUCCGCCACCUGCCCCGCCAGUUAUUCCCCCGGGCGAGCAGCAGCAGCAGCAGCAGCAGGAGCCCAUCGUGGCAAAGCAAGAGGAGAUCGUGUCUGAGCAGCCUGCUGUUUCAGGCCCGCCCCAAGGCAUCCCGAAAGACCUGCCGGUCGUUUCAAAAGAAGAACGCAUCGAAUACCGAGACGAGAACGGCCGCGUCCUCGAUGACGAAGAGGUGGCAGCACUCGCCGGAAAAGUCAGCUUCAAGACCCGUUACGAGACCCGCACUCGUGUCGUCGAUGCGCAAGGUAAUGAGAUAUACGAGGGGCUUGUCGACGCACAUGGCGAUGACCCAGCUCCACCAGCUGAACAAGCUGGCGUUGCACCCCCGCACCCAGAUGUUGACGGCCGAAACCCCGAGACCCAGGUCGACAGCGAUGCGGCGGAAGUCAGCGAAUUGCCGCCCACAGUUGAGGUCAAGGAGGAUCAGCAAAAGGAGAGGAGCGUUGAGCUGGAGAACCAGGCUGGGGAGGCUAAGCCGGCUAGCGAAGCUCAGGCUGCCACGGCAGAGUAAUUGUCAUGGGUUUGCAUGGAUAAGCAUUCUCUUUUCUACAAUCCACGAAAAUGACGGGCAUGGGCAUGUCGGGUUUGCGGUUCCUUCUCUUUUGUAACAUAGGCAUACAUCGUUAGCAGUGGCGCUCAGGUGGAAAGGUACAUUGACUGUCGAAGACAU